AUUUGCAUUGCAUUUACAAUUUCAUGAUGUUACAACUUUUUGUCAACUGUGAUGUGCAAUAGAGCCGUUUACUCUUCCGAUCAUGCUUCUUAAGUUCCGAUUACGACUCCUACCAUCGCCACCGACAAGAUCAAACAGCUGGUACAAUAUCAGAUAGCUUGUCCUAUUCAAAUCUGGCGAACACCAAGUUAGGAGAUGGAUUGUACUCAGGUUGCUGUGAUAUGUAAUCCCGGCAUAUUCAUUCACCGGAAGCGGUUUCUCUCCAGGUUUUGGAUCUGUUGAAUUUGUAAAAAACCGACCUUAAAUCGACAGAACGAAGCUGAAGAAUGUGUUCGAGCAGGUGAAACCUGUUAGCAAGUUGGGACAAUGGCGAAGACUAGCUGGCCAUCGACGGGAAGACAUCGUUUUGCUUUCGUGUUUCUCGUAGCUGUCGGAAUCUCUGCUCCUGUCUUCGGUCUUCUUCCUUCACUGUCCUCUCCUCAGUUUCUGCCUCUUCCUGCCUUUCCUCUGGACGAGAAAGUUACAUCUCGGAAUUUUUAUAUAAAAGAUGACAUGUUUUGGAAAGAUGAGAAGCCUUUUCAGAUCAUUGGUGGUGAUUUGCACUACUUCCGGGUUCUUCCUGAGUAUUGGGAGGAUAGGCUUCUCAGAGCCAAGGCUUUAGGUCUGAAUACUAUACAAAUGUAUGUUCCUUGGAAUCUGCACGAACCAAAGCUUGGGAAGAUGGUCUUUGAGGGUAUUGCUAAUGUUGUGCUCUUUAUCAAGCUGUGUCAGAAGCUAGAUUUCCUCGUUAUGCUGCGUGCUGGACCUUAUAUAUGUGGAGAAUGGGAUUUGGGUGGUUUUCCUGCUUGGUUGCUCGCUGUGCAACCACCUCUCAAACUGAGGACAUCAGAUCCUGCAUAUCUUAAGUUGGUUGCAAGAUGGUGGGAUUUUCUGUUUCCAAAGGUAUUACCUCUGCUUUACAGCAACGGCGGUCCUGUUAUAAUGGUUCAGAUUGAAAAUGAAUAUGGUUCCUUUGGAAAUGACAAAGCUUAUCUUCGUAAUCUAGUUAGUAUGGCCAGAGGACACCUGGGGGAUAACAUUAUUGUGUACACAACAGAUGGAGGUACAAGAGAAACUCUUGAGAAAGGAACUGUCCCAUUAGAUGAUGUUUACUCAGCUGUUGAUUUCACUACCGGUGAUGACCCUUGGCCGAUAUUCGAACUGCAAAAGAAGUUUAAUGCUCCAGGAAGAUCACCUCCACUUUCCUCGGAAUUCUAUACUGGUUGGCUCACGCAUUGGGGUGAGAAGAUUGCAAAGACUGAUGCCGAUUUUACGGCAGCUUCUCUUGAAAAGAUACUGUCUCGAAAUGGUUCUGCUGUGCUUUAUAUGGUGCAUGGAGGAACAAACUUUGGUUUCUACAAUGGAGCAAAUACUGGCUCUGGAGAAUAUGACUACAAACCAGAUCUGACAUCCUAUGAUUAUGAUGCUCCCAUUAAGGAGUCUGGUGACGUAGAUAAUCCAAAAUUCCAAGCUCUCCAGAGAGUGAUUAAUAAGUACAAUGAUGCACCACGCUCCACUACCCCAUCCAAUAAGCAACGGAAAGCGUAUGGUCCUAUCAAGAUGCAGAGGACAACAUCUCUGCUUGAUUUGGUAAGCAUGACGGAUCCUGCAGAUGUGAUCACCACUGCCAACCCGAUUUCAAUGGAAUCUGCUGGACAGAUGUUCGGAUUUCUUUUAUAUGAAUCUUCAUACAUCGCAAAAAAGAGUGGGAACAUACUAAGAAUACCAAAGGUUCAUGACAGAGCUCAAGUGUUUGUUUCAUGCCUUUCCCAAGAUGUUGAUGUCGGAGUACUGAGAUACAUUGGUACAACUGAGAGAUGGAACAACCAACCUGUUACUAUUCCAGCUAUUGAAUGUACCUCUAACACUAGCUUAUUUAUUCUGGUUGAAAACAUGGGUCGUGUAAAUUACGGGCCAUAUAUCUUUGAUGAGAAGGGUAUUCUGUCUUCCGUUUGUCUAGAUGGUGAAGUUCUCCAUGGAUGGAAGAUGAUACCUAUUCCUUUCCACAACUUGAAUCAAAUGCCAAAAAAUCUCAUCAGUUUUGAGACGCAACAUACCAAAAAGACAAGUGAGAAGUUGGAGAUUAUUAAUGAUGUCAGUCAAAAGGAACCAGCUCUGUUUGCUGGUGAGUUCUUUAUAAACAGCGUAGAAGAAAUCAAAGACACAUAUCUAUCAUUCAAUGGUUGGGGUAAAGGAGUUGCCUUUGUCAAUGAAUUCAACAUCGGAAGAUAUUGGCCGUCUGUUGGACCACAAUGCAACCUCUACGUCCCCGCGCCACUCCUUAAGCCUGGCCAAAACUAUGUGGUGGUUUUCGAGUUGGAGUCUCCACAUCUCGAGCUUUUGGUGGAGGCAGUGGAUCGGGAAGACUUCACAUGCGGUUCAAAUGAUUCCAAAAGUUAAUCAGUUGUAGCUCUUUAGUUGUGCAGCAGCUGUGUUUUGGUUACAGACUCUGUGAUCCAUUGGGUAUGAUGAAUAUUCGUUGGAACUCCAAAGAUUUUUAGUUUUUAUAAAAAAAUGAUAAAAAUUUCUUUUCUUUCUAAUUACAUCUUCUUACAGCCUAUUGUCUACAUUUUUGUUAUUGUUACGCUCUGUAACUUUAAUAUAUCUGUAGUCAUUAUUUUAAAGAAAAAUGGAAAGAAGGAUAAAAAAGGUUUGUAUGAACUUUGGAUUGUAAAAUCGUUAAUAAUUAUUGGUUAAGUUUAA